UCGUGUGGACAUACCGCUACGUCGAUAUAACCUCAACUGCGUGAUAUUUGUGUGCCCUGAUACAAUGCUGCUUCAGGACUUCCCUGAUGAAAUACUGCUUGAAAUUUUCUCACGACUUCCAGUUAAAGAUAUAGUUACAUGUGCUCUUUAUGUUUGUAAACGCUGGAAAGCCCUGUGUAGGAGUUCAGCCCUCUGGAAAGGGCGAGAAUAUCGGUUAACAGACAAAAAAAGGAAAUGUGAGAUUGUGGAAGUAGCCAAACUUAUUCCACACCUGACAACACUUUUUGUAGGGACAGGUACAAAAUUCUGUGUAUGGUUUACGGGUUGCAAUGUGCUUCUUUCAUCAGAUGUUGAUUUUGAAAUAAUUACGGAUUUAGUUAGAAGUUGUAAUAUUAGUAACAUAACAGUUCCAAGAGGUCUCUUCAGUCCUGAUUUGUUUCCAAAGCUGCUUGAUGAUGAUAAGAAACUCAGAUAUUUAACUGUGAAACAUGAUCCAAUGAUGUAUAACACUCCAGGUGAAACUCUACCACUUUUACUAAGACAGGGGUCACUGUCAGAGUUGAAAAUACUUCACAUACAUGGUGCCCGAAGUAUUACUGUUGACACUGUCCUUCAGUUGUGCCAGCACUGUCCCCAUCUUGAAGAACUGGCGUUACAUGAAUUAAGUCAGGCCUCAGACCAUGUGUUACAGAAUUUACAACUGUGCCCUAAACUUCGCUUGCUGGAAAUCACACAGUCUAACUCGCUCCGUGAUCUUUCAUUUUUAAAAUGUUGUCCAAACCUGUUGGAAUUGGAUCUUACUAUGUGCUACUCUUUACAGCCCUCCUCAUUCCAGCAUUUGCUACACCUGAAAAAGUUGAAAUCGUUUCAUAUGAGGCACUGUAGAGCAAUUGGUUUACCACUUGCUGCCAUGGCUGAAUAUCUUGUUCACUUAAAGAUUAUUGACUUGUUUUAUUCUGCUGGUUUUAGUGAAAGUGAACUGAAAAAACUACAGAUGAUAGCUCCACACAUAAUUGUGUUACAGGGGCCUUUUGACCAUAGAUAGAUUCACAUAUAAUUGUUACAAGAGUCUUUUGGUCUAAUGUUUGAAAAUACAAUUAAUUGUAUCCUUCAUAAAUGUCAGUACUUGUGCUAAUGAUCUGCUA